AUGUUUUCUCCUAUUGUAUUUAUUUUGAGUUUAAUUAUUGAUGCCGGGAGAACAAGCAAUAUAAGUGAGCUGCACAUUGGGGGUAUGUUUCCAACGUUGUUCCUAAGCGGUGUAACAUUUGAGGAAUGCGUGGAUGUACCCCUGCUUAUGGAUUCAGCACAACACGAAGACCUGUUACGGAAGUAUACUCUCUACUUUCAUAACAUCAACUCAUCAGUAAACUUUAUCCGUCACGUGAUACUUAUUGCGCAUGCCGAUGAUGACACGCUCAUUCAAUUAUUAUGCCAAUUAUAUCAGCGUCCAACACUUCCACAUGUGUUCUUCAUAUUUGCGAACAAUUCAACGUGCAAUGUCCUCUCAAAAAUGAUAUGUGACGGAGUGAGUGAUUGGUCAGUGCAAGAUAUAACGUGCGUCGGUGUUUCAACUCUUAUUAAUAGUUCCGAUCCGGUGAAUGAUUGUGCGUUUGCUCACGAUGCAGCGUUGACAACGUUACACGCCCUCAAUGGUUCGAAUCCAGUAGCGAUAAAUUCGUUCAUCUCUGCCAAAACACCAUUUUUUAGGACAAGGGUUGAAUUAAACCGUGAAUUAACAAGUGCUGUUAAAAACACAUCAUUCUUCGGAAAGACGGGCCACGUUGCGUUUUCUGUUCUUGGUGUUCGGUCAGCUAAUUUAUCUGUAUGCAGGCUUCAUCAGAAUGGUUGCGUGUCUACAUCUUUCUAUGAUACGGUUCUUGGCGAGGUCUUACAAGAUCCAGCGGUUUCCAGCACACAUAAUAAUUUUGACAUAAUUUCCAUUCAAGAGGUAGAAAUAGAACUCUCUGACAUUAUUUAUUAUUGUAUGGUGGCAUGUGCCGGAUUGAUGGCGCUAUUGGCCUUUGUAUUGUUAAUCUGCAACAUAAAAUAUCGGAAUAAUAGUAUUCUUAUUAUAUCUCUAUGA